CGACAUCGGCUGCCGCCGGCGGCGGCGGCAGCACCUGGGAGACAGGGAGGGCUUCCGGGACUGCGGGCCGGACCGCUGAGAGCUGCUGUCAUGGCGGCUGCUCUGUGGGGUUUCAUCUAUGUCCUUCUGCUGCUACUAGCAGGAGAUGCCCAGAGCUCGGAGGUGCCCGGGGCUUCUGCCGAAGGGUCGGGAGGGAUUGGGGUGGGCAUAGGAGAUCGCUUCAAGAUCGAAGGGCGUGCGGUUGUUCCAGGGGUGAAGCCCCAGGACUGGAUCUCCGCGGCCCGAGUGCUAGUAGACGGAGAAGAGCACGUCGGCUUCCUUAAGACAGAUGGGAGUUUCGUGGUUCAUGAUAUACCUUCUGGAUCUUAUGUAGUGGAAGUUAUAUCUCCAGCUUACAGGUUUGAUCCUGUCAGAGUGGAUAUCACUUCAAAAGGAAAAAUGAGAGCAAGAUAUGUGAAUUACAUCAAAACAUCAGAAGUGGUCAGACUGCCCUAUCCUCUCCAAAUGAAAUCUUCAGGUCCACCUUCUUACUUUAUUAAAAGGGAAUCAUGGGGCUGGACAGACUUUCUGAUGAACCCAAUGGUUAUGAUGAUGGUUCUUCCAUUGUUGAUAUUUGUGCUUCUGCCCAAAGUGGUCAACACAAGUGACCCUGACAUGAGACGGGAGAUGGAGCAGUCAAUGAAUAUGCUGAAUUCCAACCAUGAAUUGCCUGAUGUUUCUGAAUUCAUGACAAGACUCUUCUCCUCAAAAUCAUCUGGCAAGUCUAGCAGCGGGAGCAGUAAAACAGGCAAAAGCGGGGCUGGUAAAAGAAGGUAGUUGGGUGGUCCAGAGCUGGCAGUUGCACAAACGCAGCAGCACUGGGUGGCAUCCAAGUCUUAAGAGAAAACCAUGUGAAGCAACUACUGUAAACUGAGUCAUCCUUAAAGUUGAUCUCUCAUAACCGUUGUGUGUGGUAACUCCUUAGUACCUGUUUUGUACUUGGUACACAAGAAAACCCAGCUUUCAUCCUUUGUCUGUAUGAGGUCAAUAUUGAUGUCACUGAAUUAAUUGCAGUGUCCUGUAGAAAAUGACAUUAAUAAAUUAUAUGAAGAACUAUACAUUAUGUAUAUUAAAAUGUCUUAAUCCAGAGAUAAAAUUAUCUUUUUUUUUCCACUUAAUGUUUCUUUUAUUCCAGACAGUUUUCUUCUACCUUUCAUUAUCUGAGGCUUGAAAUUGACCCUUCCUGUUUAAAAAGAAGUGGUUGAUAUUUUUAGAACAGCAUGCACCAUGGUUUUUUUAUAUAGCCAGACUUUUCAAAAUUCUCAGCCCUGCCUUGCCGUUUAACAUACCCUGUUGUUUGAUUUAGAACUACAUGUUCUUGAUGUAGUUUAAAUUUUUAUUGCUACAGUUAGUUCUGGAGUAUGGAUAUAUAAAUUAGAAUAGAUGUUAUCAAUUUUUAAAUUUCGGUUACCCAUCUAUGGUAUUCAUUAUUAUCAGCUGUGUACUGUGAUUCAAGGUAGGAUACAGAGAUGGUUAAUGGCCAGUGCCUGUCCUCAGUAGAGCUUACUCUGUAGGAAGGAGGCACAAAUAAUAAUAGGGAGUGAAUGGCUAGGGGAAGGAAGUACAACAGAAGGAGAUGAUGAUGGAAAGUCAGUCUUAAAGCUCUAUGUCAUAAUAUUGGUAGUAUCGCACAGGUGACUUUUCAGUUCCCUUACGUCCCCAUCAUUCUCAAAAUUGCUGGAAUAUAAAUUGCUAUUUUCCAAUCAGGAGUAUCAAAAACUUUAUUUCAUUAAGUUAUAAGAAUUUCACACCUUUUCUUACAGGUUGUUUUAAUUGGAGAGGAACUCUGAGUCUAUUGUAUUGCUUCUAGUAGAGAGCUCCUGUCCUUUUCUAUGUUUAAGAACUCCCCUAUUGCUUUCUUCAGGUUAUUAAAUCAGCAAAAAACAACAGGAAAAGAAUUGGUUCCAAACUUUUUAUUUUCUCUUUUGUAGUAGGUGCCAAUGUUCAUUUUAAAAUGAGGUACAUAACUUUUCUUUUAAAUAAGUUCCAGUAAAGGACAUUUUAUUAUUUAUAUCUGUGUGUACUAUAACACUGAAGGUACCAAACUGGUUACAUUAUGAAUGGUUAAGGAGAUAAACUGGUUAAUGUUAGAACUAGGGCUUUUAAAAUAGAGUCAUUUAUUGGGAAAAAAAAAAAAAACGAAAUAGUACAACACUAGUUGAGUGAAAGAUUUGAAGGAGACAGGAUAUGGUAAGAGUCAUAGUUGCAUGACCAGAAGUCAUCUUAAAAAA